GCCUUCCCGUCAACCCAGAAAAAGCAAUGGCCAGAAACAAAAAUACCCCGCAGGUCAAGCGACGACAAUGGACUGCUCAGCUUUAUUCAGACCAUACAAGCCAGCCUGCAGCUCUACUGGUCUAUAAAGCAACCACACCAGAACCUGAGGCGAUACAUCCAGCCUUCGCAAUUCAGGUCUAUACGACUGUUGCCCUCGAUCAAGAGAAUGAUCUCAUUGCUAUAUGCCGAUACUUAUCCCGUGAGAUCUCAACAUCACCCUGGCCGUCAUUUGAGAUUUAUUGUAACCCACAAACCGAUGUAUUCGCCUGCGUGGAGCAUCAACGACGUGAGAUCUUCCACCGCAAGGAUAUCUCACCAUCUCAAGAUAAUAUUCUCUUCCCUGGAAUUGCCAAAGUCGUCCUCAGCAGAGAAGAUCGGCACUUCCAGGGAGUCAUAUUAGUAAUUACCUCCUACAGUUUCCGCGAUUAUCUGCAAUACCCUGAUUAUGAGGCCGAAACCGGACCUUUAUUCGUCAGCUUCGAUCGCUGUUUUCCGCACCAGGCUCGCGUUGACCUGCCUUCACCCAAGCAUGAUGACGACGAGGAUGGGGAUGAGAAAAUCUGGCCGGAACGGGAGGAACUUGUAGUCCGCAAGUGCCGGGAUAUCUACCAUAUCCGUCGAGAAUUAGCCUCCCUUCACAUCCAAAGCCAGCGCGACGAUGUGAUUGAGGAUUAUGUGUAUGAUUACGGCUUGGGUGAGAAUGAGGGCGACCCUAACCAGUUGGUUGAAGCGCCUAGGCCGGAGGUUAUAGAGGCAUGGCAGCGCAGAGCUGACUCACUGCCUGAGGAGAUUGUUAUAAUCCAGCCAUCCUCCGACAAGGGAGCUGUUAUCCUGACAUCGGGUGCUGUGCCUAUCCUGGAGCCAGAACUCAGAUAUAUUAUAUAUAUCACAUUCACCCACAGCAACGAAAAUCCCUUGACGUUGCAGAUGAUUGGGCGCGCUUUUACUGCCGCGAUCCUGCAAAGUCUCCCUGAAGGAAAAACAGUACACUUUGAAUUUCAUUCGGCCCCCAACCGAUCAUUAGGCGCGAUUUUGUCGUCACAUCGAGAGUUAAUAAAAUCGCGACCCGAGAUGGGGGUAGCUGUUUCCCAGCCCGCUUUAGGACAAAGUGCCCGCAAGUUUCCACAAAAGGGAUACAAUCGCGAAAACCCCAGGCACAGGGAACCUUACCAGACUUUUUUUGUGGUUCUUGACCGCCCGGACUUUCUAACUGGGCCAGGGGUGUUAUUUUUCUUGACUGAUGGAGAUGAGAUUACCGUUGAGGCGAUGCAGACCGUCUACAGAUUAUAUAUGGAAUGGGACCAACCUGGCGAUUAUGAGAUGUUUCGGGUUUGGCGCAGUGUGGGAAUCCACGAGGCGGCACAGAGGCUCGCAAUGAUUUAUUGAUCUUGAUCUGAUGAGGUUCCUGUAGUCAUUAUUGCACCAUCUAUUGUAGUCCUUGAUCCGGAUUUUUGAGCCGCAAGUCUCAAAUUGGUUCGCACCCGGUGGUACGACUUUGUUUAUACAUGCAUAAAUACAGACAUCGAUACACGCCUCAGAUGAGAAGUCUCGUUCCAAUAUUAUACCGUCUGAUUAGACCCCCAAGGCUCCUAAGCCGUUGUUACCCCACAUGCCGUAUCUACUGCUCGUUGUGAUGGCGCUGUUGGCCGUUCCUGGAAGUGGGGUGGUCGCAAAGUUGGCAGCCCGGGGGAAGCGCAUUCGGCUGGUGCUCGCCAGCCCACUGGAACCCAU